AUCACAGUUAUCUGAAGUGAGAGGAAUUCCCGGGACAAAGGUCCGGCAUCUGUUCUGUGGGGAACACGUUUUGAGGUGACACGAACCGUCGCCCCGCACAAAGAUGGCGGCAGCGGCGGUUUCCGGUUGGGCAGCCGGCGCCGAGCCGCCUGUCCCGGAUGGGCUCUCACUAACACUCCGGGAGGCGCUGCUCAAGGUCCUGGAGAAUAGGCCCGAGGAUCCCGUCUCCUUUCUGGGGGAAUACUUCCAAAACCUCGCAGCGGCCUCCGAGGGAACAGCGGAGAAACCGGUUCCGAGACAGCAGGAGGAGCAGAUCUCCAAUGCCCUGAAACAGCUGCUGCUCUGUCACUACAGCAGACCGGCCUUUAGCAGGAACACAGCUCUGGCCUUCCAGAUCCUUAGUUGCCCCACAAACAAGAGGAAAAAGCCUGGUCUCAAAGGCAGAGUUUACACUGAGCUCCUGAGGCAGAUUUGUGAAAGUGCGGGAACUUCUUCCUGCUCCUUGAUCCACAAAUUGCGAUGCUGGGACCAUGAGGCUGUUCCUUUCAGUGUCUUCAGACAUGGAGUGCUGACUUGCUUUGUCUUCCUGGACUUUGUGAAGAUUUCCAGGAGGCUGUUUGAGGUGGUGGCAGAGUCCGGAGAGGCCUGUCGGACAGUGUGCCAGGCUCUGCUUGAGGCACUGCAGGAAGCAUUGAGUGUUAGUGGGUCAGCCAGUGGCACUGGGUGCCUGGAUGCUGCCUCAAAACUCAGCCCCGAGCAGCUUGGGCGGACCAUGGAGCAAGCAAUGAGGCUGCGGAAAAAUGAAACUUCCCCACCGAUGACACAGGAGGAGUUCACUCAGCUCACUGCUCCUCUCUUCAUUCAGAGAGUGAAGCCCGUGUGUUGACUGGAUAGAAGCAGGCAGUAUUUCACCAAAUGCAGAAUGUCCCAGACUUAAUGGCACCAGAUCCCUGCAUGUUCCCCCUCAGCCAGUGUUGCACGAUGCUGGCAUAUUGUUGCUUGGCUUGAUACAGUGCACUGUCAAGGUUGUGUCCACCCUGAGGCAAACUACACUUUCACUCACCCUCUGCCACUCUCCCCCUUGUCCAUGCUCUCUCCUCGGCUGCUGCCUCAUCACCAUCCCAGUUCCUGGGUCGUGUCUCACUCUCCUUCAAGCACGUCCACCAAGUCAAUCUUCCAGUCCUCAUGCCUGACUUCACACACUAACGAGCUUUAUAUCUGGGGCAGAAGGGAGGUUUAAUCAAUGCCCUUGCUCUCACCUGCUUAGUGUGUCUCCACCAGCUGGAGGCUACAGUCAGAGUUUUGCUAUCAGCUCCCAUCUCUUUGUGUUCCAGACCAGAGCUCUAGUUGAGACAUUAGUUGCCUGUGUGCACACUGUUUGCUGCUUGCCCAGUUUGCCAACAUGGUGAUUAUUCUAUUAGUUGUGUUGAGUUCUCAUGCUCCUCCCACACUUGUCCCUGAGUGGUGUCUCUUCCAGUGAGUGAGUUCUAUACACACAAAUUCCUUAACCUAGUGGCUCUUGAUAGGGACCAGGAUCAAGACCCUCCCUGACCCAGUAGGACUGGAUAGGAGCUAGGAGCAGGAAGCCUCCUUAAUGCAGUGGGACAGAAUAGGGACCAAGAAGGGGAACAAGAAGCUGAUCUGGUUCUCUCCCAUUCCAAGGGCAUGGUGCAUGACUCUGUCCUUAGCAGUGCAUCACAGUGAUAUAACAGUAUGACCUUUUGAACAUUACCAUAUGAAAAUAAGUCAUUAAUCUUCAGUACGCACCUUGUUUGUCUGACUAGAGCUUUAUAUCAAGGAUUAUUGAUUGAUUGUAUCUUGUUUUGUACCAGUGUUAUAUAUAGGACUCUUGUGUUUUGCAAGAUUAAAUUAAACAAAUUGUAUUCACAUUUACUGGUUCCUCU